AUGAACUUGGCAGAAUCAACACGCUUGGGAACGGUCAGAGCAACCUCAUUGAGAAAGCUCAUCAAGCCUACUUGGCAUAGGCCUUACAAACUGUACAGAGUCAUUGCAGGCCAUCAUGGUUGGGUGAGAUGCCUUGCUGUUUCUCCUUGUAACACUUACUUUGCCUCUGGUUCUGCCGAUAGAACCAUCAAGUUUUGGGAUCUUGCCUCGGGAGAGCUAAAGAUAUCCCUAACAGGCCACAUCAACACAAUCAGAGCCUUAUAGUUCUCUAAACAGUAUCCUUACUUGUUCACUUGCGGAGAGGAUAAGUCCAUUAAGUGCUGGGAUUUGGAGAUGAACAAGGUUAUUCGAAACUAUCAUGGACAUCUAAGUGGUGUCUACUGCUUGAAGAUCCACGAUGGCUUGAACGUGCUGGUUUCAGGAGGAAGAGACAGUGCAGCAAGAGUUUGGGACAUUCGAGUUAGGAAGCAAGUUCAUGCUUUGGUUGGCCAUUCUCAUACCGUUGGAUCUAUAGUUACUCAAAACUCAGAGCCUCAUGUUAUCACUGGCAGCUAUGAUUCCUUCAUCAAGAUGUGGGACGUCGGCACCGGUAGGUGUAUCAACACCCUGACAAACCACAAAAAGUCAAUUCGAGCGAUGGUGGAGCACCCAACAUAAUACACGUUCGGCAGUGCGGCAAGCGACAAUAUCAAGGUGUGGAAAUGCCCAAAUGGAUAAUUUUUAAGGAACAUCGCAGGACACCACUCCAUCAUCGACGCAAUGGCAGUAUAUCUUUUUAUUAAGAUCAAUCAAGACAACGUCCUCGUGAGUGGAGGAGACGACGGAAGCUUGAAAUUCUGGGACUGGCAAUCUGGAUACAAUUUCCAAGAUAUCAUGAGUCAGCCUCAGCCAGGAUCUAUCGCUGCAGAGAACGGUAUCUUCGCCUUAACAUUCGAUCGAAGUGGAUGCCGCUUGCUAAGUGGAGAGUGCGACAAGACCAUCAAGAUGUGGAGAGAGGAUGAAAAUGCAACUGAAUAAACCCAUCCUAUCAAAGAGUUCAAGAUGGAGUUUGACCGUAGAUGA